UAAUGUAUCUGCUUAGUGUCUUAUCGUUUCACACGUGUUGUUUACAUUUGGAUGAAGUGAAGGGAACAGACAUGACUGCAAUGAGCGCGUUGUCCUGACGUCCAGGGUGGUGCACGGGGUGGAAAGAGUAAAUGUGGGCGCCGCUCCAGCCUCCACCCCUUUGGGCGCUGUCCACUAUUGCAGUGCUGAUCCCCCGGUGACGCUCUGUCCUCCUCACUGAUUGGCUCGUCUGCCGGCUCUGGCUUCUUGCGGGGGCGCGCUUGGCGCGCUUCCAACGUCUUGAGAUGUGGCGUAACAUCUUGGAAGAAAGCAGGAAACGCAGUAACAUUACCUCAUUCACAGCAGUGCUUAGAUCACUGGACUGAACCAAAGCUGCAUAUAUACUGCUGGAGAAACCAUAACUAACAGCAACACAUUACAGGCCGUGUAUGUGGUAUAGCAGGCUCUUUAUAACGUCCUUUCUGCUGUCCAGCCCCCGUCUGAACCCCCACCAGGCUGCCGGUAGUGAAGGGGUUACAGCUGUGCGCCUGCACUGCUCGGUGUCACAUUUCAGCACCUUGGAGAGGUUCCGUGCGCGCUCCCGACAGCUGCUUUCUCCCAGGGAGAGCGGUAGGGGAGCUCCAUCUGCUCAGCUCUCACUGACUCCUUAUCGGGGCGCUUUGGGGGAGCUUCCACAGCUGGGAGAGUACCAGCAUCAGGUGUGGGCAUCUCCAGUGCCCACCGGACGGGGACCCCAGGGACUAUUCUGCCGUUAACUAUGGAGGAAUUCCUGCAGCGCACCAAAUCCAGGCUGGAACGUGGUAAACAUUUAGAGAAGGUUCAUACCGUCAUCGGACAUAAAAUUUGCGAUUUGGACUCUAUAAUUUCCACAUUAGCGUAUGCUUACUAUUUGGAUAAAAUGACAACACCAAGUGUUCUCUGUGUGCCUGUUCUAAAUGUUACAAGGCUUGAAUUUGACUUCUACAGCGAGACAAGGUUUAUACUAGAGGAGCUGGAUAUCCCUGAGUCAUAUCUCAUUUUCAAGGAUGAAAUUAAUCUUCAGAGGCUGAAUGAUGAAGACAGGUUAUCAGUGACACUUGUGAACUUCAAUGCUUUUACAAGUGAAGAUGAAGGUUUGGCACCAUCGGUCAUAAAAGUCAUAAAUCCAGAGAAACAGUGUAAUGGGGAUCGGGAGUCUCUUGAGUCGUCUUCUGUCUUAGUAACAAAAGAGAUUCUCAAGGAGGCACCAGAGCUACUUACUCCUCAGCUUGCUUAUCUACUCAGAGGAAGCAUUCUGUUUAACUGCUUAUCUGCUGACCAUGAGAAGGUACCCGAGCAACAAGAAGAAAUUGUAUGCAUUCUUGAGGAGAGAUUUCCAGAGCUUCCGCCAAGACAGGAUAUUAUCAACAGUCUGCAGGAAACAAAACUUCAUACACAAGGUUCAAGUGUUGAAGAUAUCUUACUCAAAGAAUUCAAAGAAUUGUCUGAUGGUGACAUAAAAGUAGCCAUUACAACAAUGCACAUGUCAUUGGAGGACUUAAUGAGCUACAGGAACAUCAUUGGUGAUCUGAAAAUAUUUCUUGAUAAAUACGAGUUUGACAUACUUAUUAUUAUGGCCAGCUACACAUCAGGGGAUCAGGCAACAAGACAACAAAUAGCUGUCUAUUCGGAGAACCCAGAAUUGUGUAAUCAAGUGUGCUGUGAAUUGGAAGAAUGCCCAAAUCCUUUCCUCGAUCUUGAGCCAUCAGAUUAUGGGUGUGAUCGUUUUUUUGUUUAUCAGCAAGAUAGUCCUUUGGUAACUUGUGAGCAAGUGGCAGCAAUCAUCAAAGAAGCCAUCAACAGAAGACGUAUCGGUAUGGUACCCAACAGCCGGACCUCCUCAACAGAAGCUGUUGCUGGUAGCGCACCUCUCUCACAGGGAUCAUCUGGUAUCAUGGAGCUAUAUGGUUCUGAUGUAGACCCACAGCCAAAUCCAUCGAACUUCUCAGAUAAUCAGCAAGAUAUUAAUGGAUCAGUUCAGGCCCAAGUGGAUGUCAAUGUCGAUCUUGUGAGCCCAGAUAGUGGCCUUGCAACAAUAAGAAGUAGCAGGUCUUCUAAAGAGAGUUCUGUUUUUCUCAGUGAUGACAGCCCAGUUGCAGAAGUUGCUGGUCCUCAUCACAGUUUUGUUCCUGGAAUUGAUUCUUAUAGUCCUAUCCCAGAAUCUGUCAUUGUUGAGGAGGAAACCCCGUCAACAAGGAAUAACAGUGAUAAUCUUGAUCUCUUCAGCUUUCAUCUGACCCCUAAUAUUCACUCUGAAUCUUCAUCACAUUCUGCAGACUACUCUAUGGCUGAUGACUUCUUUUUUCAGAGUGAUUCCUCAGAGGGACAGCAAGCUACUGCUCAAAAAGAACACAUCCAGCACCAUUUCUACAGAGAUGAUAUAGUUAACCAUUCAUCAAAACUGCUAAAUUCCAAAUCUGGAAAGGCUACAUUGUUAGAAGUAGAAAAUGUUAGUUUAGUAGAGUUUGAUGACAAUUUCAUGCAUAGUCCUGAAAAUCAUGAGGAUCUUUGUGAUAAACAUCCCAGUGUAAGUGAUCUUGUUGAAUUCAGCUCUCCUUUAUCUUCUGAUGCUAAUGGUCAUGCAGAGGUAACAAUUCCUCCUACACCAAUGAAUAGUCUUGUGGAAAGUUCACCUCUAGAUAAUGGACCCCCAACUUUUUUUCCAGAGGACGUAAUAGAUAAAAUUAAUGAAAUAGAAGCUGCUGACAUACCUCAGGUUAAAUAUUCCUAUUGGUGGAAUGGAGGUGAACCAAACUUAACACAAGAGGCCUUGUUGAAUGCUGACAUGUGGAGUUCAAGUGAGCAGGUAUGCAAUAGCCCUGAUUCAUGGAAAGGCCAAAACCAAAAAGACAAUCAUGAAGCUGCGCACAUGGCUGGCUCAUUUGAUAUGAAAGUACCUAACUGUCAUAACAGGGAUAAUCAUGAUAAUAACACCAGGCAGGAAAACAGAACAUUUUCAGAUUUAUGGAGAUCAAACCAUCCUAUUCAAUCAACCUCAGAUCCUUGGUGUGGCUCCCCAGAUAGCUUUGGACAAUCUGCAAAUCAGCCCUUCGAUACGUGGGAUAUGUCUCAUCAUUCUAACUAUAAGAAAUACUUUUCCAAAUCAAAUGAAAUAGGUGACGUAUCAAGUGACCAUUCUUCAGAAUAUACUCAUGAUAUGAAUAAUGGUAGUGACAAACUGGACCAAGAAAUACUGGAAGAAGAGCAGCAUAUAAAAAGAAAACAUGACUCUCCAAAUGGACGAUUACAAUGCUUUGAUUCUGAUCAAGAGUCAUCAAAUGAUUUAAGACACAUACAAAGAAAUCUCUGUGUUUGGGAUUUUGGUCAAAGUAAUAAAGAGUCAAAUAUUCUUAAAUCAGAAAUUGAUUGGGAAGACCCCUUUUUGUCUUAUAGAUGUCUGGACUUUACAAACCCUGGCACCAGCAAUGAGUGUAUUGUUUCUCCUCCAGAUACAAAUUACUCAACGUCAGACUCAAUAUCUUCUCCUCUGUAUGAAGAUGAUAUGAAGGAACCUAAAAAGACAUGGGAAGAACCAAAAACUGAAUUAGUUCAUGAUCAGCCAGUGGUUGUUAAUAGUAAAAAUAGUGAGUUGACAUUGGAUGACACUAGCACAUCCAAUAUAGAGAGCAUUAAUAAUCCUUCUGAAUUGCAAUCUAGAACAUCUGACAAUGAAGUAAACUUCAUGAUAGAAAAAAGUGACGAUAUGAACAAUCUAAGACCCUUUUCAUGGCAAGACUUUAGCCAUAAGAGCACAGAAGAGGAAAAUUUGCCUGAAAGUAGCAGAGAUUUACCCAGUGAUGAAAAUUUACUCAGUCCAUUUGCUGAUAACAUGCUUCAGUUCCCCUUAGCAAACAAUGAAAGUCAUUUUUUUCAGCGUGAUCAUCAAAGUUCUUCACCGAGUAAAUUACCAGAUGAUGUUCUCCUUAAAAAUCAUGAGCCAUAUGUAAAAGCCAAUUCAGAUGUAAAAGUCAGAUCAAAUUCUUCUGAUGAUCAUUCCUAUGUUAAGUUACCAAAAAUCCAACCUCAAUCUCCCGAUAUUCUGAAUAAGGUAGUAAAUGUUUGCAACGAACAUCAGUUUGAAGCAAAUAGCAAACGCCAUGAAGAAGUGACACAUGAAACGGAAGAAGCCAUUUGGGAAACAGAUCUGCAGUAUGAUACAGAAUCCUCCUCUUUGAAUACUCCUGAUGAUUUAGAUACUUUACAGAAUGUCAAUUUAUCAAAUAAAUCUCCAGUGUUGGAUUUAAGGGAAGCAUGUGAUGACUGUGACAAAAAUAUAAACUCUGUCAUCAACUUGUCUCCAGUCAAUGACUCCCAAUAUCAGGUCAACAAUGAAAACAGGAAAUGUUUAUCAAAUAACUCAGGUUCAUUGAGUCUAGAGGUAAACAACACCCAUGAGCCCCAUAUUUAUGAAAAAAAAUUCUAUACUACUCAGCAAUCUCCUAAUAGGAACAUUGAAAUAAAAGAAAAUAUAUUAUACAAAAAUAUCAAUGGCAGACCUCACAUAAACCCUACAAAUAUUGAUGCCAAUGAUGCUGUUGUAUGUGGAAGUGCCUUAAAUACCUCUGUUGAUUUAGAUAUAUCAAAUGUUAGGAAAAUAGACCCUUGUCAUAAGUUAAAUGUCCUAAGUGACUCUUCCUAUUCCAGUUCACCAAGCCCAGAGUUAGCUGAAAGUUUGGGUGCGCUACAUGAUGGCAUUUUGUAUAGAAAUAAUAUAGAACAUCCAUCAGUGUCAAAGAAUAGCGCCUAUCAAACUGUUACAAAGGAUCCCGACAGAAUUAACCCUGCAAACACAUCAUCAAGUAUGAUCAGUAAAGUUCCUAUGAAUCUGGAUAUUUGGAACACACAAAUUUGUGUGGAUUCUGAAUCUUCGUCAAGUCCGGAGUCAAACAAUGUUCUAGAUCAUCCCAGCCCUGUGGAUAGAAAUGUUAAAAACUGUUUCCAGGAAAAGGUGCUGGAUCUGGAAACAACAUCUUUAUUUUUUAAUGAUACUCUUUCCAGUUCCACUACUCCCGGCACAGAAGAAGAAAGUUUGGAGGAUCAGCUUGAUUGUUUUCAUGAUCAUCCUUCAGUGGCGUAUAAUAGAAUAAAUUCCAAGACAGGAAGUCUGAAUACUUUUUCAGAUGAACAGGAACAAUUCUCACAGGUUCCAAACAAUUUGCACCUGAUUGAUGUUGGGUGUAAGGAAGAUAACCAACUUGUAGACCCAACUGAAACUAGAGGUCAAAAUAAAGAUGAAAAAACAUUGUACAUAUUAGAUUGCUUGGAACAAGAUACACCAACCCAAACAUACUUCCAGUCAAACAUUGAACCUCAUCAAUUUAGUGGCUCACAUGCUAAUAUUUAUAGCCCAAGCAAUGUAAAACUUGGUCUGUCAUGCAAACCAGAGUUUUCAGGAAAUAGUGAGGACACUAACCGAGAAAGCACAUGCAUUGAUUCUGGUAAUGUGGAUUCUAAAAAAAAAACAUCAGACAUUCUGGGCACUAAUAAAGAAUCCCAUCUAGUCAAUGAGGUUGAUUUUUCUUGCGAUGAUCUGGAUCAACACAAUGAUAUGGAAAGAAGCUUUGAAUGCUGUGAAGCAUUAACCAUAGAAAGUCCUAACCAAAGUGACUAUAUUCCAGACUUUCUAGAUGACUACACUCAACAAUCCUCUCCAUUCUUUUUUGUAGAACCAGACCAAUGGAAUAUGUCAGAGAAAGCAUAUACAAAAAUGUCACUGAGUGACAGUCCUGCUGUACUAUACAGCUGUGAAAACAGUUCUCAGGCUUCUGAUAGCCCAGAUCUGUGUCGAGAAUAUGAAUACAGUCAAAUAUACCAGCACCAUGUGAGCACAAGCAAUAUUCCUAGAAUAAGAGCUCUAUCUGAAAGUACAAAAGAAAAACAAGAUAUUACUUAUGUUGAAGACACAAAAAUAUCUAAUUCUCUACCUUUACUUGCAUGUGAUAGCCAUACAUUACAGUCUUUAAACAUUGUGGAAAAAUUUGAUCCAGCAGCCUACCCUACAGAUACUGGUGAGGCAGGUGACAUGGAGUGUGAACUUAAUAGUGAUAGUUCUGUUAAUUCACCUCUUUCUUUAAAUAAUGACUUGAUCUGUAGCAUCCACAAAGGCCAAAACACAUUAAUCAAGGAACAUGAAUAUUUUAUACAGUCAAAAACAUCCAACAUAAUACUCUCAGGAUGCUCAGUUUCUAUCAUGGGCAGCGAUCAUAAGCAAAGACUCGAGCAAGAUAUUUCUCAGAAAACAGCUGAUAAUUCUAUAGAAGAGGAAUUGGAAUCUCUACUUGGAAAGACACCGGCAGAGACAGAAACACAGUUUACAGACAAAGGAGGGUGGCACAAACACAUUUUUCCAGCAGAUGGCAACACUAGUCCAUUACAACUUUCUACCGAAUCCAGUGGACCAAUACAAGUGUGGAAACAUGACAUAGAUGUAAAUGUGGCAGCAGAAGACAACAAUGUGCCGGAUGAUAAAGAUACCGCUAAACCAGAUGUAACAAAUAGCAGCAGCUUGGAAACCAGCUCUCCUUUUGUGUUAGCAUCUAAAAGUAAAUUAAACAUUUUCCCAUUCAGAGACAUCAGUGUGGAGCCUCUUCAAACAGAGUCCGAUACAGCUUAUUCAGUGGCUUCUCCAGAUACAUUUCAGUCAAUCUCCAUGACAAAUGGAAGUGAAAACCAAAUGACCCCCGGAUCUGGAUUCCAAUCCUUUUAUUUAGAAGAAAAAAAUUCUUCUACUCUACCUCAAAGAAGAGAGAGUAAAAAGAAAUCUGAAGAAAUCUCAGAACAUGAGCACAGCUGGAGUAUAAUACUAAGCCAGACAGAGGCCUCUGAUACUUCACCUGAGGACAUAUUUAGCAGAGCAGAAACUGCAGACUGUGAUAAAGACUUGGGAGAGUUUUUAUAUAUGGAAUCUGAAAGACAGGGUGGAUAUCGGACAUCAAUAAGAGAAGGGGAUUAUAUAGACCUUGAGGAAAGCUUUGAACUGUGCAAACUAGAUGAGAGCAGCACCAAAGCACAGACAGAAAUAGAUCAUCUGUUAAAAUCACAAGAAACGGGGCUACCGUUAAAGCUUCCUUCUGAAGGUGGCACACUUGCUAAGGAGGUGGCAAUUGACUCCACUUCUAAUGUUUCUGAUCAAAGAUCAAUUGUAUUGGAUGAUGUGGGAAUGGACAUCCCAUUUGAUGCAGCAGAAAUCAGGCCGGAACCUCCAAAUUCAUUGGAUCUAAAUGGUUCCCAUGCCAGGAAAAUAAAGCUCACAGCUCCCAACAUUAACCUUUCCUUGGACCACAGUGAAGGUUCUAUUCUUUCUGAUGACAAUCUUGAUACUCCAGAUGAACUUGAUAUUAAUGUAGAUGAUCUUGAUACUCCAGAUGAAGCUGAUUCCUUUGACUAUACUGGAAAUGAUGAUCGUCCUGCUCUUGGUCACUCGCUGCAAGGAAAUUUUGAAUCUAUACAAGAAUACACAGUAGAAGAAGAAAGAGCUGAUAAUAAGCUAUGGAGGACUGUCAUCAUCGGUGAUCAAGAGCAACGAAUUGACAUGAGAGUCAUUGAACCAUACCAGAAAGUGAUAUCACACGGAGGUUACUAUGGUGAGGGUGUAAAUGCCAUCAUUGUGUUUGCUGCCUGUUUUCUUCCCGACAGCAGUCGUGCUGACUACAGUUAUGUAAUGGAAAAUCUUUUCCUAUAUGUAAUAAGCACUUUGGAACUCAUGGUAGCAGAGGACUAUAUGAUUGUCUAUUUGAAUGGAGCCACACCAAGAAGAAAAAUGCCAGGACUCGGCUGGAUGAAGAAGUGUUACCAAAUGAUAGAUAGACGGCUAAGGAAGAACCUGAAGUCAUUCAUAAUCGUUCAUCCAUCUUGGUUUAUCAGAACUAUAUUAGCCGUGACACGUCCUUUCAUAAGCUCCAAGUUCAGCAGCAAGAUAAAGUAUGUCUCCAGUUUAGCUGAGCUCAAAGAGAUGAUUCCAAUGGAAUAUGUACAGAUUCCAGAAAGUAUUAUCAAGUAUGAAGAAACAAGGUGUUUUCCAAGGAAUGUGAGACUGGAUGAAGAACUGAAGGAAUCUGAAGCAGCAAAAGCUGGAUGUUUGCCCAUGGAGCCGGAAAUGUCUUCUCUGGAUCAGGAAUUCGAGAAGAAGAGUGAAGACAAUGUAUAACACUUUGGAACACAAGAGCUGAGAAUCAUCAUGGAGAAUUCUUGUUUUAUUUUGUGGAUGUAUAUGCCAAGAUAUCUUAUGUACUUUAUUUUUUCAAAGUGUAAUUUAAUAAUAGAACAAAGUAUCCUUAGUCUCUUUAAUCUAAAAUGACCAGUUGAGUCAUUCUGCUUAGAAGGAAUGUGUUGUAUUUCAUGAGACUUGCAGCUCAGAAAAAAAACAAAAUGUCUGAUUCAAUAUUUGCUAUGGUGAAACACUUACUUUUGGUGGUAAAAUAUCCUGUUUUGUUUUUCUGGUAGGGGAUUUGUGAAGCAACAUUAGACCCUUGUACUAUAUUUUUAGUAAAACUAAAGUAGAAAGAAUCAACAAAGAAAGUUUACCAAGCAAUGAACAGAUUUCAACAUACACAAAAAUUCACGACCUCUCUAGCCACCAAAACUUGUAUGCACCAUCAGGACCGUCUUUACACUAGAUGUCAUACACCACACUAUGGCCCACAUUUAUCAUUGUCUUUAGACAGUUUUUAGAGUCUAAAAAGGGGCAAAAAAGGGAGCAAGCAGGGUUUUUUGAGCCUUUUUGUUUACACAUUUCUGCAGAUUUUUUGUUGUAAUCCACUGAUUUUGGCAAUACACAUGAUAUAGAAGGGUUUUAACAACUGCGCCUUUUUGUGAAAAGGAGCAAAAAAAGGCGCAAAGCCACUGAAAAGUCUCUAAAACGACACCAGCCCAGACAUGGUGUAGCUUUUUGGUGUAUGUGAAGAGAGAAAUUUCAGAAAAUGUGACCUGCAUAAAAUGUAUCAAAUGCUCUUUGACCAUUUAAUAAAUUUAGUGCUCCUACACAUUAGCAGCACACAAAAAAAGGGUGUAAAAAAAUGCUUCACUUACACCUACAAUGAUAAAUGUGGGCCUAUAUGCCCAAAUAACAGUGCCAUGCCUUGGCCAAACAUAAACAGUCACUAACAUUACCUACAGUUGUCUAAAUAAUAAUGCAAUACAGUGCAGCCAACACUAUACACUACAGAGAUAAUAUACUCUACUGUGCCUAAGUAGCAGUGCCACACAAUGCCUUAACAAAAGCUACCAUCACAUACUGCUUAUAUGCAUACACAGAGCAGUUAACAGCUGCACACAUAAUUUAAUGGCAGUGUGAUAUGAUGUGUAAAUUAUUCUGUAUUUCAAAGAAUAUUAAGAUUUGUGGGUGUUGCAAGCUUCCGAUGUCAAGCCAUUAGUGGUGCCCCCUUCAGCUGGGGCAGUAAAUGCAUCAUGUGCAAUCACACAAGCGUAUACCUGUAUAUCCAGCCCUAUGCACCAUAGUAACUAUUGAAUCUUUCUAAACAUGUACUUAAAGAAACCUGUAAGCAGUGCAAAAUACAUACAUAUAGCUCUUUGUUUUGUAACAAGCUAGUGACACUUUACCUGUAACAUGUUGUAUGCUUGUGCACAUACAAAACCAUAAAGCACACUCUGCAUGCUAAUAGUCUCAGAUUAUCAUAUAUGCAUAAAGAAUAAAUGUAUACAUUGCAUUGCUUUGUUUAUAAUUGCUCAAUAAUUAUUUUAUUCACUAUACUGAGAAACAUUUGCUGGAGACGUGCAACACUGUAAACAUGAGCAGUUUGUCAGGAAAAUGUUAAAAGAGAAACUGUCACCUUCCAUUUUUAUGUUAGUCAUUUAGUUAUGGCAGCAUAGGGUAUGUUUAUUGUUUAUAGUCUACUUGGACUUAGUAGACAAAGCUUCACCUUUUGGUGAUGCGGAACUAUAGGCACCACAUAUUGGAAGGCUUUUGCAACAGGUCCAUGGGCUUUUCCUUUCUGGUUAAGUGAAUUUUAGUUCUACUUGGCCUAGCAAUGAUAUGGGCAAAACCUAUUUUGACAAGGAAAGAAGAUGCCAGAUACCAAGUGCAAAUCUUUUUUCCUCAAGUCCACAUUAUAACAUUUCCACAUCCACAUACAAAUCCACAUACAAACGAUAAAAAAACAGGAAUCAUCAAACUCCAAAGCAAGAGAUCAUAGGUAGAAAAUGAAUACUAACCAAUCACAUCAUUUUUCUUUGAAAAAGAAAAUUAAUAAAAAAUUGAUCAAAGUUAGUAAACAAAUAGAUAUAUUCACAUACAUUUAUAAGAAAAACUAUUUGUGGAUACAUGAAAGUAUUUCAUUAACAAAAUCAAUAUCAAGUUUAUAGACAAUACAAUUCCUGAGUGAUACAGUAAAAUUCCUAGCUAUUGUGUAUUCUGAGCUUACCAAGUAAGUGUAAAGACAAACCGCUUAACAGGGAAAGAGCCUUUUACAGUGUAUGACUUUUUGCUCAAUAGGCCAAUUAUUGCCCCUUCAUUGGCUGAUCACUGGGAUUGUGUUUGCCUAAAAAUCAUUGUUGGCCUGCUGCAUAAACAGGGGGUGUACGGACGAUAAUAAUGCCAUUGGCUUAUUGCCACAGAAUGAUUGAGACAAGUAAAAGACUAAGUAAACAAGUAUCAGGCAUGGGUCUACACAUAUAAAGAGACCCUUAAAGAGAAAAUAUUUUAUCUUUGAGCAAGGUACAAAAUAGUAUUACUAUUGCCUUGGUGGUCCAUGUCAAUGGAAAAUAGAAGGUCCCAAAAAGUAGCAAUAAUUGAGGAAUGUAAAAAAAGAUUGUGUAAUUGGAAAUAUUGAUGGUUGUGUGUUGUGAUAUGGUGCCACUGUUACCUAGAUGAUCUGUACCUAGGGAUGAGUCUCAAAAAGGCUUGAAGUAUGGUCAAUGAAGAGAUCUAGAUUUGAGAAUAAGGCACUAAAAUGUAUAAAUCUAGAAGGAGACUUUGAUAUUGAGCUAGUAAAAACUAUUUUUUUCCUCUGGUAGCUGUAACAUAUAAUGCAUUUUUGUUGGAUAUACACCAAUAGCAAAUGAGAAAUUUUUUUACAGACCAACGAUGCA